GGGGCUGCGCACGGAGGAUGCGCGGCCGCGGAGACGCUGCACCCGCAGAACCGCGUCGGGAGCGGGACGGAGGCUGCAGCUGGCUGCCAGGAUGGCAAGCGCCCUGCUUUGUACCACAGCGUUCCUGCUGCUCUUCGGGUUGGCCUCGGCUUACAGCCACAGCGCCAGAACUCCGGACAGGGUCUCUGAAGCCGACAUUCAGAGGCUGCUCCACGGGGUGAUGGAGCAGCUGGGCAUCGCCCGGCCCCGUGUGGAGUACCCAGCGCACCAGGCCAUGAACCUGGUGGGCCCACAGAGCAUUGAAGGUGGUGCACACGAGGGCCUCCAGCACCUGGGUCCUUACGGCAAUAUCCCAAACAUCGUGGCUGAACUGACAGGAGAUAAUAUACCAAAGGAUUUCAGUGAAGAUCAAGGCUAUCCUGACCCUCCAAACCCUUGUCCUAUUGGGAAAACAGUGGAUGAUGGGUGCCUAGAGAACACCCCGGACACCGCAGAGUUCAGCAGGGAGUACCAGCUGCACCAGCACCUCUUCGAUCCAGAGCACAACUACCCCAACACCGGCAAGUGGAGCAAGAAUUUACUCUUUGAGAAGAUUAACAGUGGUCCAAAAAGAAGAAAGAGGAGUGUGAACCCAUAUCUGCAAGGACAGCGACUGGACAAUGUUGUAGCAAAGAAGUCUGUUCCACAUUUUUCAGAUGAAGACAAGGGUCCUGAAUAAGUACAAUAAAAAUGAAUGAUGAAAACUCAUGCCAUCCUCUGCUAGAUCGUAAUAUUGCUUAUAUAUAAUCAUCUAUUAAAAUCCUUGUGAAUGGCAGCAUGUUUAUUAUUUAUAUAAUUGCAGAUGAAAAACAGCUGUAUUUAUAACAGUAUGUUCUCCUAGAUAACAAAAAUAUGGUUCUGUUUUUUGUUAAGCUAUGGUAAAAGGACAUUUCUGUUGUUUUUAUUUUAGCCAUGGAGAAAAUUUUUAAAUGUUCGUCAUUUUAAUAGCUAACGUGAGGUAAAUGGUCUUAAUGAGCAGCUUGUAAAUAGGAAGACAAAAAAAAAAAAUGCCCUGUCUGACUUUAGCAUUUAAUCUUAAAUGUUACUAUGUUUGACACAUGAAAAUUAUAGUUUUAUGUUUUGUUCACAAAUAUUGUUACUUAGCAAAGACAAAGUAUUUAUCUUAACCAGAGAAUUUUGGCUUUUGGUCUAUUUUAAUAAACAUUUAAGCAAUCUACAAGGUUUGCAAAGUGACGUUUUCCAAAAUAUUUCGUAGGCUCAUCUGUCUCAGUUAUUUCUGUGCAAAUUUAAAAAUUAAAGAGCUGCUUUUUGCAUCCAUCCACUUGAGUAUUUUUGUUAGUUUUAAUCAUUCCUUGCCCCUGAACCCCUUGCACGUAUUCCUUCUUUAUCAACAAGAAUUAAUCUCUGUUCUUUUGCCUUAGCAGCAGCAGCAGCAGCAGCAUUUGUGCUUUAUGAAAUGCUUAAAUUAAUGACCCUGGGAUGCGAUAAGUGAAGACAGAGGCCUUUAUCUUCGUUAACGAGGAUGUGCCAGCAUCCUCCAAAUGCAGGCCCGGGAUGUGAACGUCACUACAGCUGAUGGUCUGAAAAGCUGUGGUACCCCCACAACACUGGUAGCUACAGCUGCUCUGCCAGUCAGUGGGAAACUGACACUGUCCUUCUGCUAGGAGAAACUGAGGAACUUUAUAUGGCAGCAAAUUGAGGUCUGGCUUUCUAGAACAUGAGAAUAUAAAAUCAGAUAAGGUUUUUUUUUAUCCUCAGGAUGCAUCUGAAAACAUACAAGCCAAACAAGCUAUAUACUUGUGGCACUGGAACAGCAUUAGCUUACAGCUUUGAACUUCAAAUCUAUGAAAAAAAUAAUUGUAUGGCUUCCUUUCCUGUCCUACAAAGAGGCACAGUAACAUAACAGUGAUCCUUUAGAUAAAACAGAUAAGACACUAACAGAUACCAAAGGUCCUAGCUACGUAUGAUUUAACAACGUCACAAAUAUGACCAUGCAUAGCACUUGCUUUUUCUGUCCUACCAGUAAGUAACUCAUAAUAAAUGAUGCAUGCAGAGAGUUA